GUGCCGAGCUGCUCCUUUGGGCUCCCGUGCGCUUCCAGGGCAACCUGGUCCUUGCAGGACAACUGAAUGUAAAGGCUGCCGGCGAUGGCGGCAGGUUUUACACCACGUGCGUCGCCAUCGAGGGCAACUUUACAUUGCACCCAGAAGCUCACCUCAGCAUUCAGGGCUGCCAGAAUCAGGCUGACAUCGAGGCUGACGAGGAGCGUGCAGGCAAAGGAGGCUGCCUGCGCGUGGGCGGCGAUGCCGAACUUCUGGGCGGCCAGUUGCUUCUGCAUGACUGCGCUGCAAGUUUGGGGGUCGGAGGCGGCAUCUACGUCGACGGCAGACUGCAAAGUGGGAAUGCGACGAUCGAUGCAGAAAGAUGCGGUGCAGAGUAUGGAGGUGCCGUCUAUGCCGUGAACGACAUGAUCGUCUCCGGUGGCAACGUGACCAUCACGAAGUCUGAGGCUUCGGAGAAUGGAGGCAGCGGGGAAGUGGGAAUCGGCUUAGAGUUGGCGGUGGGCAAGUUUGUUCGGCCUCACGCUCGUGCCGUCUAUGCCGUGAACGACAUGAUCGUCUCCGGUGGCGGCGUGAGCAUCACGGAGUCUAAGGCUUCGAGGGAUGGAGGCAGCGGGGGAGAAACAGGCCUUGGCAGAAAUGUUGGUGCUGUGACCCUUUUGCCGGCCGAGGGCUGUGCCGUCGAUGCAGUGAUGGACAUGAACAUCUCCGGUGGCAACGUGAGCAUCACGAAGUCUGAGGCUUCGAGGGGAGGCAG